UGUGUGCCAAGUUUCUCAACCGAUUACAUGCUGUCGUUUGUUGAUUCUGCUGUUGGCUGCGACGACGAUGGGGAAGCCUGUGUCGUUUGGGGAGGUGGCUGCGCUGAUAGCGCUGGUGGCAUCCAUUGCGUGUCUGCUGUACGCGCACGCCAGCGUGUCUGUGGGCCUGGCGGCAAUCGACGCCACGGCCGAACGGCUGGGCCUGCACGAGCUCCAGCAGGGCGCAGACGGGGUUGCAGGCCGCGGUGGCGACAGUGAUGGGCGGCGCAACUACGCUGGCGGCACGCAAGGGCAUGGUGGCGCAGAGAGCAGAGGGAUAAGAAUAGACGACGCAGAGGACGUGCAGUAUGGGGUGGUGCCGACGAAGAAGCUGGCGAAGCUCAAGUCCACCAUGGCAAAGCGGCGAGGCAGCUCCGAAGCUGCCGCGCUGGCGCGCAAGGCCAUUGCUGGCCGGUUCUGGGAGGAGGACAACAUCUGCCUUCACUCGCACAAGCUGCUGCCCGGGUGCCCGUUCAAUGGGCAGGUGCCGCUGCUGGUGACUGGCGUGGGCCGGAGUGGAACGCACCACAUCGCCAGUGCACUUCGCAUGAAAGGGCUGGACAUCUGCCACGAAGCCGUGUGCUCGCAAGGCAGCGUGUCGUGGACAUACGCCGUGGUGGACCCCGACCACUUCUACCCCUGGGAGGCAAGCAAGCGGCGCAUCAACAACCAGCGGUUCCAGCAGGUCUUCCACGUGGUGCGGCAUCCCCUGCGGUGUGUUGCCAGCCUCACGACGUUCACAGGCCUAUCGUGGCGGUUCAUUGGCAAGCACACGCCACAGGUGCCUGAUUUGGCGACCAUGCAGCCUGUGCUUCGGCGCGCCCUCAUCCACUGGGUGACGUGGAACCGGAUGGUGGAGGUGUAUGCCGACCGCCGCUUUCGCAUGGAGGACACAAUGCCUGCAGAUGUGUGCCGCGCUGCAGGCUUUGAGGAGAACGUGUGCAGCAAGCGAAUCAACCGCGCCGCGCGGGCGAAGCGGCACCACACCACGGUGACCUGGGAAGACCUGUAUCGGGUUGACGCGGAGUUUACGCGGGCAGCCAUGCGACUCGCACACAAGUACGGCUAUGAGGACGCACGCCACGUGGUGGCUGGUGAUGACGACGACGCCGGUGAUGACGAGCAAUGAUACCCGUGGUUGACGGCGUGUGUGUGUGUGUGUGUGCAUGUGUGUGUGGUUGGUCGGUGGUGGUGGUGGUGGGUGGGGGGGGCGGGUUGCAUGUGUGUGUGUGUGUGUGUGUGUGU